AUUCCAAAAGAAGAAAGAAAAAGGCGAAGCAAUAAGCUACUACUUCCACUUUUACGGCAGCAACAGCAGCAGCAACAACAACAACAACAACAACAACAACAACAGCAACAGCAACAACAACAACAACAACAACUGCAAAAUCUAUAUAACCUUGACUCACAUACGGAAGAAGUGAAGACAGUGUUAUCAUUCAUCGCCCUCAGAAAGUUGAUUUCCUUCCUGAACGCCAAACAAGAACAAAAAAGAGAAGAAAAUGCUCCUGUCCUCUCGUACCAAUUCCCUGGAGGGUGGCCAUUUGGAAGUACUCGGGGACGCCGCUGCAAGCAGACGCGUGAGAAGGUCCAUGGCGGCACCAUCCUUCCCAGCGAACACAAUGUUCAUGAACACGACUUCAGAUAUCAAGUUCCGUGUCCCCGGCGACUUACCUCAGUACCUGCAGGCCUCCGACUCCAACACCAUCUUCACCGGGCCCCACAACAGCAGUGACUCUCGAGGUUGCUUCAACAUGCACUUCUUCGACGUGAUCGGCGUGAAUGGCAACGUGGUGGUGCUGGAGUCGACCAACCAGCGCUACAUCACUAAGGAUUCUGAUAACAGCUUGAAACUAAUGACAGGAAGUGGUCCACAACAGACAAGCCAAAGUGACGACAGGUUCUUCAGUGUCCACAUGGAUGAAGGUGACAACGCCUUAUACCUGAAACACCUUCACUCCGGCAAGUUCCUGUCGGCCUCCUCCUCGGGCGCGAGUCUGGUCACUUCCAGAGUAGAUGCAACGUCAUUCAUACAGUUCCGGUGCAACAACUGAGACGCUGUCGGGGAUCACACGACUCGUCAGUGUGUGUUUAGGCGCCAAAGCGAUGCCGUGAGUGCGCCUCAAGCCAGGCAUUGUCGCCUUACUUUGAACCACAAGGCCGCUACCAAAACACUCAGUUAAUCGUACAAGACACCACCUGACCAUCAUUUACUGCUAAAAUAGAUAGAUGCUUUAUUUAACAAAAAUUACAUUUACACAAUUCAGUAUAUAUGAAUCCAUAUACUAGUGCAUGCAAAUCAUUAAACAAAUAUUCCUUUGGUAUUCAAAGUUCUCACAAGAUUUAUAACGUUGAAAGUAACGCUGACAAGUUAAGGUGCUCCAUGUGGGACACCGGCAGCAGCUGUAGCAGUUUUUCAUGCACUGCCUCAGUAACAUUAAGACGCAGUGAUAAGUAUAUCUUAAUGUUAUAUUCUUGUGCUUUCUUAAACUUAUUUAUUUGAUGUUGUAUUUAUUUAUUAAUAUAGUUUGUAGUUUGUUUGUUGUUAUUUUUAGAGGCAUAUCUCUUUUCGAUCUGCUUGUUUGUUAUAGAUUUUAUAAAAAUGUCUUAGCGAAGUGUGAUACAUUUGCUACAAUUUGUUUUGUUAGUGUUAUGCGUUCACAUUAUCGUAUUAAAGGAUUCCUUCUCAAUAACUUACACAAUAGGUAAAUAAAUUUUCUUGAUUUCAACGGUAUUGUUGAAACUGUACCUAUAAUGGAAAAAUUGAAUUAGUUAUCAGAAAAUGUGAUAUAAAGUUAUUUGUAUAAAUUAAAUUAUAAUUUUCAUAAA